AUGCCACAAACACACCAUUUUAAAAUUGUGUUACUUGGUUCAGGUUCAGUAGGAAAAUCAGCUAUUGCCACUAGAUAUGUAAAAAAUACAUUUAUUGGAAGAUAUGACCCAACCAUCGAAGAAACAUUUUCUAAGACGAUUGAAAUUGAUGGAACAACUGUACAAUUAGAAAUUUAUGACACCGCAGGGACGGAACAAUUCAGAACUUUACAAGACCUUUAUAUGAAAGAAGGUGAUGGUUUCAUAUUAGUCUUCUCUCUUGUAUCAGUUGCUACUUUUAACGACCUUUCAAGUAUUUAUGGACAUAUUAAUGAAGUUAAAAAUUCAAUGGAAAAAAAAUUUGUUCCAAUUGUUAUUGCAGGAAAUAAAUGUGAUUUAGAUAAUAGAACUGUUACUACUGAACAAGCCCAAGAAUUUGCAAAUAAUAAUGGUUGUCAUUUUAUGGAAACAUCAGCAAAGACUCAAAAAAAUAUUAAUGAAAUGUUCGAAUAUCUUACAAGACAAUUAAUAGAACAUUUACCAGCUAAGAAACAAAAGUGCUUAAUAUUAUAA